AUGUCUCCACAACCAGAAGCCACGGAGGGAUUAAGAGAGUUUCAAGUUCAAGAUGCUAGCGUUGAAUUGCCUCAAGAAGGGGAUCUUCAAUUCCAGAAGAUCCUAGUCAUCGUGGCCGGCUUCACCAUCAUGCUCACAACCAAUGCCCUCAUCUUCUCGGCCGGCGUCUACCAGGCGCUCUACGAGGAAAUGGCCAGCGAGCCGGACAACCCUUUCAGCGGCGCCUCGUCCGCCCUGAUCGGCCUCGUCGGAACCCUGGCUAUCGGACUGAUGUCCAUGACCGGCCCAUUCGUGAUGAUGUGGAUCAAGCUCUACCGACCACAGACCGUGGUCGCCGUGGCGGGCGUCCUCUUCGGCGUCGCCUACAUCCUCGCCAGCGUGAGCCGCACGCUGUGGCAAUUCGCGCUGACGCAGGGCGUGCUCGUGGGCAUCAGCGUGUCGAUGUCGUACAUCCCCGCGACAACCACGGCACCGACAUGGUUCAACGAGCGCCGGGGUUUAGCGAUGGGGAUUGUGAUCUCCGGCAGCGCGGUCGGGGGCAUGAUCUGGCCGUCAAUCCUGACAGCCAUGAACGACCAUAUGGGAUUCCGCAACACACUGCGCGUGUCGGGCGCCAUCUGCGCGGUGGCCAUCAUCGCUGUCUCGCCGGCCGUAAAAUGGGAGCCAGGCUUCAACCAGCAGAUCCAAGCCGAACGCCAGGCGCUGAUCCAACGCGCCCGGGGCAGCUGCCACCAUCCACGGCCCAGCUUCCUUCAGCUGCCGCUCAUCAACUGGCGCCUCACCCUCACCAAGAAAUUCCUCGCAAAAGCCGCAGGCUGCAUGCUCCAGUCAGCCGCAUACUCAACCCCGCUAAUCUACUACGCGGCCUUCGGGCGCUCGCUGGGCUACUCAGCCACGACAGCCGCCAACUUCAUCACGAUCAGCAACGCGGCCAACGCCGUCUCGCGCGUCGGCAUGGGCUACGCGGCCGACAAGUACGGCCGCAUCAACAUGCUGUUCGCGACCACCUUCCUCAGCGCCGUGGCGGUUGCCGCCUUCUGGAUCCCGGCCACGGUCGCGGGCGCCACCGCCGCCGGCAAGGCGCUGUUCAUCGUGUUCACGCUCCUGUACGGCUCGUUCGCCAGCUCGUACAUCGCCCUAUUCCCCGCCUCGCUGGUCGAGCUAUUCGGGAAGAAAGACUUUACCAGCGUCAACGGCGCCCUGUAUCUGGUGCGCGGUAUCGGCGCCCUCCUGGGCACCCCGCUGACGGGGCUGCUGAUCCCUCAGGGUCGCGCGCUGCUGUCCCCCGCGGUGUAUGAACGGGCUGCUAUUGCUGUCACGGCGUUGUUGUUUCCUGCUAGUUUUUGUAUUCUUUGGGUCAGGUUGGAGAUGACGGCUGGGAAGGAUUGGAGGUGGAAGCACCAAGUAUUUGUGUUACACAUACGACCACAGGGUGUGGAAAACAGGGCUUCCCGUCCGCUCAGCUGUACUUAA